CGUAGUCUGGCGAGAGAAGAUCCCGCCGAGGCGUACUUCCGGAAAGAUGGCGGCCUACAUAGUGAUACCGGUGAUCGUGCUAACGAUAAUGGCCAUUUGGUUUAUGGUGUACAUGUACGACAAACGAAUAAAACCCACAUUUAGUUCAACAUCGACACCGGCCACGACAACAACCUGUACAAACGUACGGCAGGAAGGUGGUAUAGUGUACACAAUUUCCAACACACCCAACAACGGUGGAGCGACCGGUAUGGCACGCCCUGCCUCGGAUCUGAACAGUGGUGCCACACACAUCCGCAUCGAGCCCGAUGGACGUGGUGGUCCACCGCCGCAGUACGGUGGCUACACGAGCCAGAAUUUGAUUGUUGUAACGACAAUUCCUAGAGAUUUACCGCCAUCGUACGAUCAGGUGGUAACGAGCAGGAACGAUCCACCCAUUAGUAGUAAUAGUAACGAUACGGCAGUAUAAACAAAUCUCAAUACCGUAUGAUAUUUU